CCUAACGCCCCAAGAAUGUCUUGUCCGAUUAAUGUCGUCGACGAAGCACAGCAAGGUCGAGCCAUCAGCGUCGCCGACGUCGCGCCGGGCGACACGACGACCCUGGUGGCCACCGGGCAGCGUGGCAUCCCCGUGCUCAUCGCACCGUUGCAGAGCCAGGGCGAUGGGCGAGCCCGCGGUGCCACCACGCAGGAGAUGGGCAUGGGGUUCCAGGGCUUCCUCCUCCUGGAGCACAAGAACGACGACGACAACCCGGAGGCGCAGCGGAAGAAGUGGUUCAAGGAGAUGCGCGGGUGGCUGAUGGUGCUGGCCACCGUGGCGGCGUCGGUGACCUACCAGGCCGGCCUGAACCCGCCCGGCGGGUUCUGGCAGGACGGCGACGACGCCGGCAACCCGGUGCUCCACGACAGGCACCGGUCGCGGUACAUGAUCUUCUACUACAUGAACGCGACGGCGUUCGUGACGUCGCUGGUGAUCAUGGUGCUGCUGAUGAGCGAGCGGUUCUACCACACGGAGGCCAAGGUGGUGGCGCUCAUGCUCACCACCUUCAUCGACCUCAUCAGCCUCAUCGGCGCCUACAUCGCCGGCACCACGCGCUUCUUCUCCUCCUGCAUCUACGUCAUCAUCAUCGCCUGCGUCGCCUUCGCCGGGGUCAUCUACAUUGGGGAGGUGAUGGCGGAAAUAUGCAGGUUCUUCAUGAGAAGGAUGCCAUGCAUGUCAAGAAUGGUGCAGAGCAAGUGGUUCCCGGUGCCGGGGGAGGUGGUGAGGAGUCUGCAGCCUCAAGAGGAGCGCAUUAGCCACACGCCGACGGCGGCGAGGAGCAACCAGCGCGGUGGCUGCAGCGCGUGCUGUGCUUCUGCGCCCCGAGCGGAGGGCUGAACGAGCUGGUUGGGCGCCAUAUGGUGGCGUGCCGGAGUGAUCUGGCUGAAGCUCUGCUUAUUGGCAUAUUUGCUUGCUUGCCGUCAUUCUUCCCUACAUAAUUCUGCCAGUAUUUUUAGUCGACAUUGCUUUGCUUACCUAAUACCAUAACUUUUUUCUUGUGAAUAGUAAUGCAAACUGAUGGCCAAUCAAUUAUACACGUCAUUCU